AUUUCCUGGUUGUCUUCUUCCGCGCGUCACACCAUUUGAGAGCUCUCCAAAGUUGUAGCUUGUUUUCUCUCUCUCUCUCGCUCCUUAUCUUUCUAGUUGCAUCACCAGUCUCUCGGCCUCCACUAAACCCAUGAUUACAUAAGAGUCCGUCGGCAGUUCACUUCUCUCGUCACAGCGUCCAUCACCCACCACCCUCCAAUCUCCAAAUUACCUGCCUGCCCUCGCUGCUUCCUACACCUCCAUGAAACCCACGGCCGAAACAGGGCACCUCUCUGCCUUCCCCGCCCCGACCAAGGUCUUAAAGAAGGCCCCUCUCAUGGCUUCGAUCCCUCCCCCGCUUUCUCCCUCCUCCUCCUCCUCCUCUUCUUAUUCCCCUUCCAACUACUCUUCAAGCAGCAUAACCCAGAUGGGCAGUGAUCACAUCAUCUCUAUCCUCCUCCUCCUCCCCGUAGAGUCCAUCCUCUCCUUCUCCAUGACAUGCAGAAGGUUCAGAUCCGUGGCCUCCUCCGACUCCGUGUGGGAACCCAUCUGCAGGAGGGAGUGGGGCAGCGGCGGCGUCGACGCCCUCGUCGCUUCCUUGUCUCAGCAAGAAAGGCAGCGGCUUUCUUGGAAGCGGCUCUACGCGCAAGUUUCCCGGCCCCGUUCCCUUUCUUGCCGCCGAUUGUCGAGUAAAAGUGGCGCCUUUCCGAAUCCCAGGGCUUCUCACUCCCUCAAUUUCAUCUCUGAUUGGCUUGUUCUCUUCGGCGGGGGAUGCGAAGGAGGUCGCCACCUUGAUGAUACAUGGGUAGCAUACAUUGGAAAUGGACACAAUAGAGUGAUAUGUUGGCAGCAUGUUAAUUCUGGUGUUCCAAGUGGGCGUUUUGGACAGACAUGCACACUCCUUAGCAAGUUUCUAGUUCUGUUUGGUGGAAUCAACGAUAAUGGAGAGCGUUUAAAUGAUACAUGGAUUGGGGAGGUUCUUUAUGAAGGACAAAUUGAUCUCAGAAUUGCAUGGAGGCUACUGGAUGUGGGUACUCUGGUUCCUCCCCCUCGAGGAGCCCAUGCUGCAUGUUGUGCUGGAGAUCAGAGGGUGAUGAUACAUGGAGGGAUCGGGUCGUACGGCCUCAGAUUUGAUGAUACAUGGAUUCUAGAUCUGUCAGAUGACUUUAAAUCUGGUAGGUGGCACCAGGUGAUGAAUGCUCAGUCAUCACCUCCCCCACGGUCCGGUCACUCGUUAACAUGGAUUGGUGGGACAUACAUGGUUCUCUUUGGUGGGAGGGGCUCGGGAUAUGAGGUUCUUAAUGAUGUCUGGCUCUUUGAUGUUGGUGGCGAUGGUCCUGAAUGGAAGGAAUUAAAGCUAUCUGGUUUACCUAGUGAAAUGCCACUUCCACGAGUCGGGCAUUCGGCAACACUUAUAUUAGGAAACAAGAUUCUCAUAUAUGGUGGUGAAGAUUCAGAGAGGCACCGGAAGGAUGAUUUCUGGGUGUUAGACAUAGGAGCCUUGCGAAGUUUCCAAACAGCAGGUUCAAAGAAAACACCGAGAAAAUUGUGGAAGAGGCUAAGCAUCGAAGGUCACUCCCCACAGUACAGGUCCUUCCAUGGGGCCUGCACAGACAGGUCAGGACAUUAUGUGUAUGUCUUUGGUGGUAUGGUCGAUGGUGUUGUACAUCCUGCUGAAGCCUAUGGGCUGAGCUUCAACGGGGAGUUGUAUCAGGUCAAGCUUGUGCUUCAGUUAUAGGCACAUGUGACUUCCUGUAUCAAACCACUACUAGGAUCUAUCCACUAUGUUGUAUAGACAAAUGGUAGUCUGUUCAGAAAUCCAGCUCCUUGUAAGAAUGUAUCCAUUAAGUCAUUUUAUUAGUGGAUCAGAUCGUAUGAAUCAUGAUUUGUCAUCAA